UGGCGGACUUUGUUUGUGUUUGAGAAGCUUCAGUUUUACUAGAUAUUUUUGGGGCAGUUUUACAGCCGAUCUUUUGAAAUGUUUGGCGACAAGGCCUUAGAACUGGUCAAGGAGCUCAAGAGAACAAGUGAUGGCACUUUACCUCCGUAUAAUGAAGAUGUCGUUCGACAAGUGCUUGAAGAAAUGAAAGCUUUAUUUGAACAGAAUCAGAAAGAAGUGAAUGCAACAGUAGCUGGUGAAUCAGGACUGUUUUCAGGUGUUCACCUCAGACAUGCCAGUCUCGAAAGGGAUAAAAGAUGCCUUUUAGUUUAUAUUUAUAACAGAAUGAUAAGAAUAAAAAACUUUAGAUGGGAGUUUGGUACAGUCCUCCCUGAAGAUGUCAAAUACAACAUGUGCGAAGAAGAGAUUAAGUGGUUCACAAAGUAUAACAAGUCUCUUGCUACUUAUAUGAAAUCAACUGGGCUAGACCUCACACAGGACACAAAACCACCAAAGUCUCUUUAUAUCGAGGUUCGUUGUGUAGAAGACUAUGGUGAGUUUGAAACUGAAGAUGGAACAGUGGUUUUGCUCAAAAAGAACAGCCAGCAUUUUCUACCAAGAUCUCAUUGUGAACAUUUAAUCAGACAAGGAGUACUUGAACACAUAAUGUAGAAUACUCGAGCUAUUAUAGACCAAAUUUACCAUCCUUCUCUGUCAUGCUAGCCUGUCAAAAGCACCCG